AUAUCAAAGACCGGGUCCGGCUUUAAACUUAGUUAGCUAAGUACCAUUUCCUGUUGAUACUUUCUGUUUGUUUUCUUUCUAUGAUCAUGGACGGACGUUCAGUUUUCUUGCUCGAGUCUACAACUUAAACAGAUCAGGUAGACAAAGCUGACUUAAACAUCGAUAUUUUUACGACGAUGAUUCAGGUGAUGGCUAGACAAGAUGUGAGAGGGUCUGGAGAGAAAGCAGUCUGGGCGAGGGGGUUGUGUAAGCGGUAUGGAAAAAAAGAAGACCCAGUUCUCCAAAACCUGUCCAUGACUGUAAGGAGGGGCACGAUAUAUGGGUUACUAGGGCCGAGUGGAUGUGGGAAGACAACCUUGUUGCGGUGUAUUGUCGGCCGAUUGUCUGUAGACAGUGGUAACCUGGUGGUUCUAGGGGAAAAGCCAGGGACACCUGGACAUGGAAUACCAGGAAGUUUAGUGGGGUACAUGCCACAGGAGAUGGCCUUGUUCAACAAGAUGACCAUCAGAGAAUCACUGUUCUACUUUGGCCGUAUACAUGGAAUGACAAAACAACAUAUACAUGAACGUAUUAUGUUCCUUCUACAAUUUCUGACUCUUCCUGAUCAGGGCAGAAUAGUGGACACUCUCAGUGGAGGACAGAAGAGACGUGUAUCAUUUGCUGUCGCACUUCUCCAUGAACCAGAGCUUCUGAUUCUAGAUGAACCAACUGUAGGCGUUGAUCCACUGCUACGUGAACGGAUUUGGGAACAUUUAGUGAAAAUAGCGAGACAGGAUGGUCUGAAAACAACAAUCAUCAUCACAACCCACUAUAUAGAGGAAGCAAGGCAGGCCAAUACGGUAGGAUUGAUGAGAGGUGGACGUUUGCUGGCAGAGGAGGAACCCAACAUGUUGAUCCAGAAACAUCACAUCAAUAGUCUAGAAGCUGUGUUCCUGAAACUUUGUCAAAAUGACAACAUGGAUGACAGUGAGGACAGGAGAAAAGGUCAUAUGAUACAGGGGAGGUCUGGAGUGGCAGGGGAGAGAACUCCACUUCUGGCCAGCAAUAUUGACGUUGUUGAAAUCACAAACGAUGUGCACACAGAUGAGAUAUAUGAACAGAUUAUAGACAGUCAGUCAUCCAGAUGUAACUGUGGACUUCCUAGUGGUAAAAACAUAGUCGCUCAGUUUCUGAAGAACCUAACACUGAUGAAGCGGAAUAUAGGCUUUCUCCUGUUCGAGUUCAUACUUCCGUCCAUCCAGAUCAUCCUGUUCUGUUUAUGUAUCGGAGGAGAUCCUUACAACCUCAAAGUGGCCAUCUUUAACAACGAGACAACAGGAUUGAGCAACCUAUUUAUACAAUCUCUCGACAAUAACACCAUUGAUAAGGUGAUGUUCAGUGACUUGAAGUCGGCUCGAGAUUGUGUGGAGAAAGGUGAAGCCUGGGGCCUGAUGACCAUAGGAGAAAACUUCACUCAAGACCUUAUCACACGGUUCAGUCAUAGUUCGUCCGUGAGUAACGCCACACUGGACGGGGGAACAGUCAAACUGUACCUAGAUAUGACUAAUCAGCAAAUAGCAGUGAGUCUCCAGGAGAAGGUUUCCCUAGCGUUCGAGAAGUUUUCCCGAUUAUUAUUGACCACGUUAGGCCAGAACCCUGAUAUAGCGCAGCUGCCUGUUAAGCUGGAAAAACCAAUAUAUGGCACCCUAGACCCCAGCUUCACAAACUUUAUGGCACCUGGCAUCAUUCUGAGUAUCACAUUUUUCAUGGCCACGGGCUUGACGACCCUGGCCUUUGUGGUUGAAAAGAAAGAGGGCCUGCUGGAAAGGAGUAUUGUCUCAGGAAUGACUCCGUUUGAGAUUAUGCUGGCCCACGUGUGGACACAACUGUUGGUAAUGAUGGUACAAGUUGGCCUCCUCCUCAUGUUUGCUCUGCUGGUUUUUCAUGUGCCGUACAAGGGCCCUCUAAUCUGGGUCAUCAUACUGGUGUUGUUACAGGGUUUCUGCGGCAUGACCCUAGGCAUAAUAAUUUCGGUGUUGUGUGAGGAGGAAAGUUCUGCCAUACAGCUAGCCCUGGGAUCGGUGUACCCCAUGUUGUUAAUGAGUGGUAUUAUCUGGCCUGUGGAAGCCAUGCCUCAAUGGCUGCGAUACAUCAGUAUAUGUCUUCCAAUGACCUACGGAGGCGAUGCCAUGCGUGCCAUACUUAGUCGAGGGUGGACCUUGACAAAUUUGGCUGUCUGGCGUGGAUACCUUGUGACUCUCGGCUGGGGAUUCGGCUUGUUAGCACUUGGAGGUUUUAUCCUAAGACUUAAACAAUAGUUUGUGACAAAGAUGGAAAUUGUUGUUUAAACUCAAACUAUGCCAUUGGUUUUAUUCCAAGUGGAAAUAAUUUGUAUCUGACGUCAGUAUGAGACUGACAGUAGAAUGAAUAUUGUAUAAAACUAAUUCCCAAUGACAAGAGGAAAUAGUUUAUGACAUUAGUUUCCCUCGUCUAGAAGAAUAGGUUUGUUGAAAGAAUUAUCUCGGAUAAGAGGAAAUACUUGGUAAGAAAAUUCCACCCCACGGAGUUGUAUUUGAAAGCAUCCCUCCGUUUGACAUUAAUACUCAUUGUUAUCUACCAAACAUAAUUCUUGUUAUUAAUGAAGCUCUUUUUCGCCUAAAAGGAAGUUAUACCAAGAUGACCAUGCUAAUGUGUCGGUAUAGGUUUCUAUCUGCUAUCUUGCCAAACAAGCUAA